CCGCAGAUGAAUUCACAACAAGCAGCACUGUCGGGCGUCUCGAAUGCAACUAUCGGCAGAUCUCUUGGAUUUUACAUCAGAGGAUUUUCUUCUCUCCAGCAGAGUGAUCAUUAUUUCAUUUUUUUGCUGGUGUUAUAUAUUGGUACACUACUGGCAAAUAUCCUGAUUAUGUCGAUAAUUUGGUUUACGGAGAGCCUGCACACACCGAAAUACAUCGCUGUUUUUAGCUUAGCGGUAGUGGAUGUGAGCUACAGUACAGCGCUAAUUCCAAAAGCCUUUGAAACUUUUAUCUUUAACUCCAGAUUUGUCUUUUAUGACGCUUGUUUAACUCAGAUGUUUUUUGUACACUAUUUUUCAGCGAUGGAGUCGUUGGCUUUGUCUGUAUUGGCUUAUGACAGAUUCAUUGCCAUUUGCUUCCCUUUAAGGUGCAAUACAAUUAACACUAACCGAAGAAUGUUUUUAAUUGUCAUAAUAUCCUGGACGAUUCCCUUUGUUGUUGUUGUUGUGUCUGUAUCUUUAAUAUUCCGCUUGUCUUUUUGCAGAUCUGUAAUCAUUAACAGUUACUUUUGCGAUUACGGACCGUUGUUUAAAAGUGCUUGCAACGAUUAUUCUGCUAAUUGGUUUAUGGCUGCAUUAUAUAUUGUUGCGCUAUUCUUCGUCCCUUUAGCAUUUAUUUUGAUUUCAUAUGCUUGUAUUGUGGUUUCCAUUAUGAAAAUCACCUCCAAAAUCGGAAGAAUGAAAGCGUUCAAAACCUGCACUGCUCAUUUAACCCUGGUCGCUAUUUUCUACACCCCGCUUUUAGUAACUUAUAUUAUCGCCUGGGUGAAUGUGACGAUCGACACGGAUACAAGAAUUUUUAAUUCAUCCUUAUCGUCUUGCAUUCCACCGCUCAUCAAUCCUAUUAUAUACACCUUAAAAACAGAAGACAUCACGAAUCAAAUUAAAAAAUAUAUAAGAAGUAAAAAAGUUAGUAUUUUCCGUUAAACUAAUGCAUUUUUUAUUAUGUAGUAAUUUUUGGACAACACAACUGCAAAUUAUAUUUAAAUUACGUAAUCAAUGUGAAUAGAAUAGCAAAUUAUAGGUAUGUGAAAUGUACUAUCUUAUAAACCUG